CCGGGCGCAGCAGCCAUGAGGCGUCCCCGCGUGCCCGGCUCGUCGCAAUAAAGUUCUGCCCAGGAUGGAGCUGCCCGGCGCCUCGCUGCAGAAGGCUUGCCGCCUGCUGGUGGUCUUCUGUGCCCUCCACCUCUCGGCUGUGCUCUUCUACUACCUGAGGGGCAACACGCUCGGUCAGCAGCGGAGCCCGGAGCCGCCGCCGCGCAGCCAAACCUUCGGCCGUCGGGUGACGGAGGCGGACCUCUCGGGGAAUAUCUCCAAGCCCGCCGCGGACUGCCCCGACCCUUCCCCUUUGCUGGUUGGUCCAUUGCAUGUGGAGUUUUCACAACCUGUGAAUCUGAAGAAUGUGGAGGAGGAAAAUCCACAACUCAGGGAAGGAGGCCGCUAUACACCAAAGGACUGCAAAGCACUUCAGAGAGUGGCAAUUAUUAUCCCUUUCAGAAAUCGAGAUGAACACUUGAAAUACUGGUUGUUUUACCUGCAUCCAAUCCUGAGAAGGCAGCAGCUUGAUUAUGGCAUCUAUGUGAUUAACCAGGAUGGAGAAGAAACAUUUAAUCGUGCAAAGCUUCUGAAUGUAGGCUUCACAGAAGCUUUGAAAGAAUAUGAUUAUGACUGCUUUGUAUUUAGUGAUGUUGACCUAAUCCCGAUGGAUGACAGGAAUAUCUACAAGUGUUACGACCAACCCAGGCACCUCUCUGUAUCUAUGGAUAAAUUUGGAUUUCGCUUACCUUACAAUCAAUAUUUUGGAGGUGUGUCCGCUUUAAGUAAGAAGCAAUUCCAAAAAAUCAAUGGGUUUCCCAAUAAUUAUUGGGGCUGGGGUGGUGAAGAUGAUGACAUCUAUAACAGAUUGGUUUUUAAAGGCAUGGGAAUUUCCCGCCCAGAUGCUGCAAUUGGAAAAUGUCGAAUGAUUCGCCACAUGAGAGACACUAAAAAUGAUCCCAAUCCACAGAGGUUUAACAAAAUUGCUCAUACAAAAGAAACAAUGAAAUAUGAUGGGCUAAACUCUCUGACUUAUACCGUAAUAAAAACUGAUAAAUUUCAAUUAUAUACAAAAAUCACAGUGGAUAUUGGAUCACCAAAAAGCUAGUGUGGCAGAAAUGCAAUAGAAGACUUGGAAUACCCAACCAGUGACAAUUCAACUUUUCAGCAUUUUAUAAAUGAUUUUAUGCAAUCAACUUGAAAGACGGACACCUGUUUUGUCAUCCUGAGAACUUGCAAUUGGCAGGACAAAUGAGAAUUUUAACCCCAAAUUUUGCUGUAUACAUCUUUUUUUUUCAUUUUUAAAAAACUUUAUAAACAAUAAAUAGAAGCUGUAAAUAUAUGAAUUUUCAGGGAAUGGUGGAGACUUAGGUGCUCAAUCCCCUUGGAAGUUCUCCCAUGCAAGAAUCACAAAAAAGAAUGGAAGUUGU